UGAGCGAUUACAGGUGCAGGGGGCGGGGCUACUGCAGGCAGGCAGGGCAGGCGGGCAGGCAGCAUCACGGGAGAAGAAGCAACAUCGGGACGAGGAAGAUGUGCGGAUAACAGCGCGGCUGCUCGCCUGCUUCUAAGCCUUCGUUGCUCAGUGUCCUCUCCUCCCUCCCUUUCUUUCCUUCUUCCACCGCUUUCUCUAUCAUUGUUUGGGGCUUGUCAUGUCGGCCGGGGACGUCGGUGUGCUUCGCCAAGAGGCCGGCAAAGAGGGCUCAAGAAUGCCGGCCUGGAAACGAGAGCUGCUCGAGCGGAGGAAAGCGAAGGGCGGCGGGACCGUGUCCGGGCCAGGUGUCGACUCCUCCGUCUCUUCUCGGGUUAAUGGCGAGCUAACGGGAAGUGGCCAGGACGAAAUGAACGGAGCGAAGCGGACGUACACCAUUACGCCCGCGGGGAAACGUAGCGGAGCAGCCGCCGGCGCUACCGCCGCAUCCCCAGACGUGUCACCGGUGAAAACAAAAGACCCAUGGUCGACCACGGAUCUGGGCGACAGAGCGACAUCAUCGCUAAAGAUGGAUAACGGCGUGCUCCAGGAGAGCCUGGGUCCCAUCAAGGAGAAUCCGUUUAUCAAGCUGGAGAAGGAGCGCAAGAAGCGACGGGAGCGAGAAAGUGCCUCUCGGCCGCUGCAGCACAUUUUGGAAAUGUACGGCUCCGUGCCCGGGAUCCGCACCAUCCGCGCCGAGAACAUCAUCAUCAUCGAAUCCGAUCCGGACUUCAUUCGCGCCUCGGGAGCGCAGCAGAACGGCACGGUCAGCGGAUACAGCUCGCUCAGCGACCUGCUGGACCGCAGAGGUAGUCCGGUUACCGAGAUCCACGCGAAGGAAGUGGUGAUCUACGACACUGCGCUCAGCAAAAGCGAGGAGAACCUGAGCACGCUGGGUCGCGGCGCCUACGAGAUCUCCGACCUGGCGCAGGGCACGGUGAGCCGCAUGCUCCAGAAAUUCGACCGGAAGUGCGGCAGGUUUCAUGGCAAGUCUCGCAGUUCGGAGAAUCUCCUAGACUUGGACACGAGUCCUGUCCUGGCAUCUCCUCGAGCCAGAUUCCAUCAUCCAGACGUGGUGCCAAAAUGUGAGCCGUGCCCACAACCGGGCUCUCCUGUUCGUAUCCCUGCAUACUAUAGCCAGCCAGUCUUCCAGAGCAGACAGUCUUCCGAGAAGAGACACCAAGAGUCUCCUAACGGCUCUGAAAGUAGCAGUCCUGUUCCCGGAUCUCCUCAGUCGGUGUCUUCCUUUCGACGUCGUUUUGAGGCAGUAGGCGGUCGCAGUGUCACCGUGAACUCUAAAGAGGAGACAGAGAGGAGUCCAAGCAUGUCUAAGCCUGUCAGAGAGAGGGACUGGGACAGCACUGAUGGGGUGUCUAAAGCCAAGGUGCCAUGCUCUCCGGAGAGCCACUGUGCCCGUGCCGAGUCCUUGGCGAGUCCCACUUUGCCCUUAAUUUUACCCAAAUUUGAGAUCCGGCCCUCGCCGCGCCCAGAUCUGUCUACGUUGCCUGCCAACGACGUCCAGGCUCAUGCCCUGGCCAACCUGCGUCUCCAGUCACGCAAUUCCUUUACCGUCAUCCCAAAGCGGCAUGGGGUCCCGUCUGAGCCUGGAAGCACCGCACCCUCCAGCCCCGUUCUUUUGCCUGCUUGCCCACAGGUAGAGCCUUCAGUGCCCUCUGUGCCAAUCCCUGCCCUUCCCAUUUCAGCUUCUCCAGCUCCAGAAAAAAUCGUUGUGACCUCUGUGCCACCUGUCCCAGACAAAACAGAACUGUCGCUUCCCGAAACGCCUAGCUUGCUCACCUUAUCCUGUGAUCGCUCGAGUCCUUCACCUGAUUCACUCACAAAGUCAAUUUCUAUUCCCGAGCCGUCUCUAGAGAAGCUGCCUGUUACUAAUAUCGACGACGUACUGGUAGAGUCCUCACUGCCCUUCCCCAGCCCUAUGGUGCAAAGGAAAAAAGGAAACACAUUUACAGUUGUCCCAAAGCGCAGGACUGAGGCCCAGCCUAGCACUCCUGUAGUGCAGGAGCCAGCCCAGGAACCUGAGCAGGAACCUGCUGCAGUGCCACAGGGGUCACCGUCCUCUGCGGAGGCUCCUUAUGCUCAGCUGGGAACGCUGCUAAAAAAACGUUAUCCUGCAGCGGAAGAAAUCCAGGUGAUCGGUGGAUACUUGUCUCUGGGCCGGUCCUGUUUGUCCAAGACUGGCUCUACAGGAAAGAAGCUGAAGAUUUCCUUCAACGAGUCGAGCCUGCAGAGCACCUUCGAGUACCCGUCCGAGAGUAGCGUCUGGGACAGUGGCGAGGAGGAAGAAGAGGGAGGAGGAGGAGGAGAGGACGAAGGAGGCGUCAGCGUGGAAAGGAUCCACAUCCCCCGACCAAGUUACACCUCCAGCCCGACCAGCCACAGCCCAAACAGCACUGAUCUAUCCAGCUACACUCCAAAGCACUCUGUGGACUUCACUGCUUGGCAGGAGAAGAAGCUCGGUGACUCCACAGACCCGGCUGAUGCAAAUUCCCAGUCUGCUGUCAUGUCCAACGAAGUGAUGCUCACUCCAGCAGACAGCUCCUCUCUGUCGGACUUCAGCAGCGAACCAGCUCUAUACUUCUAAAUCUCCCCAAAACCCAGGAGCACAUGGGACCAACCACCAGCCUGGACACCUCACAACCACACACACACACACACACACACACACACAGAUACACAAAUGCAGACGAGAAGCAGCAGUAGCAUUUGCGCAAAACAAACAACAAAAAAACGAGCAGUCUUUUCAUUCCAUCUCUAAUGAGGUUUGGUGUAAAGUUGAUCGGAUUUGCUCUUGACUUCCUGUCUUCUUGUGCUUUAUGUACUGAGAGAAAAAAAACCCUCAAAGGCUCAAAUGCAGUCUUUCAGUCUCUCAGCCUCUGUAUCUGUGUAGCCCAGUUCACCUCAUGAAAGUGACCAAAUGUCUGGAGGAAGACGCUCGAUGCAAGCAGAUGUAAAUAAUCAGACUGACAAGAAAAAGGAAAUGAAAAAAACGGGACACACCAAACAAAAGGGUGCCACGAUUCUUCUUGGUUUUGUUCUUUUUUUUCCCUUUGUGUAUGUUUCAUGUCUCCUGGAUGUCUGUGUUGUGCAACUUGUCCACUACUUUUACAAACGACCUCACGCGCCGAGUUCGAGUCAGAUUUGCGGCGUGGUUUUUCACGCUUGUUUUUUUUUUUAAAAGCAAGCAGCUCUUAAAGGCCGAGUUACGCUGCUAUUGCGAACAAAACAAGGCGAGACGUAAAAACGAUACAGCAUCAUGCGUGAAAGUGCAGCUUUUAUUACUGGCUGUGAAAAAAAAAGCGGGAGGAUAGACUGAUUUCACUGCAGCAACGGAGACUGAUUAAAGUGGAUCACAUGGAAUUGGAUCGUAGAUUCUCUGGUUGGCCUUUUGUGGCCGAUCACCAAGUCGAAUUCAAUAAGAUGUUAUUUGUAUUGCGCUUUUAAUAAUGGACAUUGUCUCAAAGCAGCACUAAGGAGAUAACGCAGUUAUAAAAGAAAGUAUACGUUCGUUCAUUGUAGUCGUAAGUUUGUCCCUAAUGAUUGAGCCAGUGGCGACUGUGAGGAAAAACUCCCUGAGAUGUCAUUAGGAAGAAACCUUGAGAGGAACCAGGAAUCUGGGUGGCACAGAAUGUUCAUUAAUCACAGUUUUAUCAUUGUUAAAGAUUGUAGUAGGCUUGAUAUCAAUUACAGUCCAAAUCCAUCCUCAAGUUUCUUGAAUUGCUCUGGAACUUUUUAGGAUGUUGAUGUACGGUUUAAAUCCCAGCAUCGCCUAGCAAUCACGAAACAUUUCAUUGCGGAUUGGGGAAAAAAAAAAAAAAAAAGAUUAGAUCCCGAUCUCGGGCUUAACCCUAAACUGGGAUAGAUAAUGAAGCCUGAUUUGACCCAUUGAAAUUGAAAUUUAAUUAAAAUAUAUAUACCCCACAUAAUCUAAUAUCCUAAAAUCAGAUAUUUGAUUUGAUCAAAAUGAGCGGAACCGGAUCGAAAUCUGCAGAUCCGACAUGUGACUUAACUGACUCUGUCAGGAAGUGAAUCGGAGAUGAAAAACGAACAAGAAAACGAGCCUACAAACCCGUUGCUGUGUAAAUAAACGUACCCAAUUUCUUGCCAAACGGGUCAAAUUGUCGAGGUUGAAAGCAGUAAAUUGAACCGAGGAGAUGAACAACCACCGUUCAACGAUCACGCCACGUAUAGCCUCGUGUUCGACCAGAAGCGUAACUCGGACUUUACAGACCACCGCGAGUUAAAAAAAAAAAUAUACCACCGCAGAUGUUUUCAACUAACACAAUGCAGCACUUUAAAUAUGCAGCGUAAACAAGCUAUAUUUAUACCACUCUCGCGUACGAGAUGUCAGAACACUGUGUCAGUGAUGUAACGGCAUGUCCAACACCACAGUAUUGUUCAGCCACGCCAACAGACGUUUCCUCUGGUGUUAGACUUUUUUUUUUUACGUGUUGUGACAUCACUGUAUGAGGUAAUAGAAGCAGGUUAGGAUUGUAUUUACAUCAUCCUGCUACGUGAACUCAUGACGUUUAUAAGCGAGACCGUGUGUGUGAGAUCGACAAAAUGACUGACUGGACACACAAUGCCAACUGACCCCAGUGUGUAUGUGUGUGUGUAUGAGAGAGUCAUAUUAGUCUCAAUGUGCUUCUUUGGCCAGUAUUGAUGCAGAGGUUCUACACUCUUGGAACACACUUUUCAUAAUUUAUUUCAUACAAACACACAAAAAAAAGGAAAAUGUUAUUAUUUUAUAUAUGUGUCUUUUUAGGAAUUUUAGCAAGACGUCCUAUACGUCAGCCGUAGCAUCAAGGUGCUUCGUGUUAAAACAAAAAAAAAAAAAAAAGAAGGAAGAAGACAACUUUUAUUUUAUUCAUUUGCACUGUUUGUUGUUUUUUUUUUUUUUGCUUUAUUUUGCACCUUGUGUGCUCUCGCUUAAAACGUCGAGACGCAUGGGGAAGUGUCGCCGUCAUGGAUGGACAGAUAUUCAAGAAAUUAUAACCCUGACAAACACCGAAAUAGCAGAGGUUACUAGUUAAGUAGUACAAGUUCCUGUAAUUCUAAUGUGAUUCUCACAGGAAAUAGAGAAAGUUGCCAUAGCAGACGUCAGAUGCUUCAUUCCACUAACAGUUUGAUUAAGUUACAAUACGUAUAUAUAGCAAGCCUGAAAAAAACUAGCGAAAUUGUUAUAGGUAGCUUAGAAGGCUUCAGAGGAAAAAAAAAAAAAAAAAGGCACAGGAUCCUAAGCUUUAAGUAUGAGCUUCAAAAAAAAAGAAAAAAAGUAACCGUCCAUCCAUUCUUCCACACCUCCCCCCUGUUUAUUUUCAUGCUGGAAAAGGGUUGCUGUUUGUACCAUUUUAGUUUCUGGUAUUUAUGUCAAUGGCUCCAUUUCCAUGUACAAUUUGUGUCAUUGAUUUUUCGAAGGAUAUUAAAAUAUAUACCUGUGAAA